AGCAUUUCUCGCUGCAACGACAACUGGUCACACUCGCAGCAGACGUCACAUACUUCUAAUAUUUUGUUUUGUUCUUUGUGCGAAAAGUUUAGAAUUGCCGGAGAACGGGAUUGCCAUAGGGCAGAGCAGAUCCGCAAGCGACGGCAACAUGGCGAGCGGGACAAGCAGCGGAGCGACGGCCAGCACAGCGUCACCGCCGGCAGAGAAGUGGGGCUUUCCCCUGCAGGAGCUCUACCGCCUGGCGUUUGCCUUCUACAAGCAGAACUCGGGUAAGGCCAUCCAUCUGUCCUAUGAGGACAACCUGAAGCUGAUCGCGUUCAAGCAGCAGGCGGCACUCGGUCCGUUCAAUACGAGCCGGGCGCCAGCUCUCGGCGUUCUGGACGUGAUUGGACGCGACCGGCAGCAGCACUGGCAGCUUCUGGGAGACAUAACGCGCGAGCAGGCCAUGGAGGGGUUCGUCGACCUCCUGGACACCAUGUGCAGCGCCUUUCGACCCUAUAUUGAGGCGGUGCGACAGGACCGCGACGAGACGCUGCGCAAGGAACUGCGCCGCAUGGAGGCGGAAAAGGAGGCCCACGAGCGUCAGGAGCGUGCCCAGCAAGAGCUGCUCGAGGAGGGUUACAAGGAGGAGCUGCAGCGCCGCCAGCUGCAGGACGCGCUCAACAAGCAGACAUACCAGCAGUUCAAGCUUUAUGCAGAGAAACAGUUCCCUGGCAAUCCAGAGCAGCAGGCCGUGCUUAUCCACCAGCUGCAGAAGGAGCACUAUCAUCAGUACAUGCAGCAGCUCCAUUUGCAGAACCAGAAUCAGCAACAGCACAGUCAGAGCCACGAGGCUGGGCAUGAGGAGGACAACGCUUCUGGCAGCAACAAUAACAACAGCAACAGUGGCAGCAGCAACAACAUUCCCGAUCUGUCCAACGCCAUGACCGGUCUGAAGUUGGGCGACCUGGAAACGCAGCAGCAGCAGCAUGCAGAGGAGCAGCAAGGCCAUCCUGGCAUUCACGGGCAGGAGGCAGUGCAGGAGCAGCACGGCAGUGACGAGUAUGAUGACUAUGUAAUGAUACGACCGGCCAAGAUCUGGACGCGUCCCGACAUUGAGCAGUUUAAGACUGAGGUGUCCGCCGGUGAUGGCGACGGUGUCAUCACCAUAGGCCACGGCGACACAGUGACGGUUCGCGUGCCCACCAACAUGAACGGCAAGUGUAUCUUCUGGGAGUUUGCCACGGAUAGCUAUGACAUCGGUUUUGGCAUCUACUUCGAGUGGGCCAAACCCGUGACCAAUGAGGUGACCGUGCACGUGAGUGAUAGUGACGAGGAUGAGGACUGUGUGGACGAGGACUAUUUGUCUACCACCGAGGACCUGGAGUCGGGCUCGCUGUCGCAAGACCGCGGCGACGGUGGCAUCGGUUCGAUGAGCAACCCAACUGCUGCCCCCAAGGCUCCCAUCUCCAUUAUAGUUCCCAUUUAUCGGCGCGAAUGCUACAACGAAGUGUACGUGGGCUCCCACUCCUAUCCCGGCGAGGGCGUCUACCUGCUAAAGUUCGACAACAGCUACAGUAUCUGGCGCUCAAAGACCCUGUAUUACCGCGUCUACUACGAGCGCUAAGAGGCCAAAAAAAUGUGUAUUUACUAUCCAUUAA